GAGAGGCUGGGGCCGGGCAGCGCCGAGUGGGGCCGGGGCCCAUGAGGAGUCCCGGGGACCAUGGGCUCCAGGAUCAGGCAAAAUCCAGAGACUACAUUUGAAGUGUAUGUCGAAGUGACCUCUCCUGGGACAAGGGGCCCUCUUUCAGGUCCUGAGGUGCAGAGGCAAUUCCCAGAGGACUACAGUGACCAGGAAGUUCUACAGACUUUGACCAAGUUUUGUUUCCCCUUCUGUGUGGACAGCCUUACAGUGAGCCAAGUUGGCCAGAACUUCACAUUUGUGCUUACUGACAUUGACAGCAAGCAGAGGUUUGGCUUCUGCCGCUUAUCUUCGGGAGCUAAGAGCUGCUUCUGCAUCUUAAGCUAUCUACCCUGGUUUGAAGUUUUUUAUAAACUACUCAACAUCUUGGCGGAUUAUACAGCAAAAGGACAGGAGAGUCAAAGGAAUGAGCUGCUUGAAACACUUUACAAACUUCCCAUCCCUGAUCCAGGAAUGGCUGUCCAUCUCAGUGUGCACUCUUACUUUACUGUGCCUGACACAAGAGAACUUCCCAGCAUACCUGAAAAUAGAAAUCUGACUGAAUAUUUUGUGGCUGUGGAUGUCAACAACAUGCUACACCUCUAUGCCAGUAUGUUAUAUGAACGAAGAAUCCUCAUCAGCAGCAGCAAGCUGAGCACUUUAACUGCCUGUAUCCAUGGGUCUGCCGCUAUGCUCUACCCGAUGUUCUGGCAACAUGUUUACAUCCCAGUUUUGCCCCCACAUCUGUUAGACUACUGCUGUGCUCCCAUGCCCUACCUCAUAGGAAUACAUUUAAGUCUAAUGGAGAAAGUAAGGACUAUGGCCCUGGAAGAUGUUGUGAUCCUGAAUGUGGAUACUAACACUCUGGAAACUCCUUUUGAUGAUCUUCAGAGCCUCCCAAAUGAUGUGGUUUCUUCAUUGAAGAACAGGCUAAAGAAGGUCUCUACCACAACUGGGGAUGGUGUUGCCAGAGCCUUCCUAAAGGCACAGGCUGCUUUUUUUGGAAGUUACAGGAAUGCGUUGAAGAUUGAACCUGAGGAACCAAUAACAUUUUCUGAAGAAACCUUUGUGUCCCAUCGAUCCAGUGCCAUGAGACAAUUCCUUCAGAAUGCGAUACAACUUCAACUGUUUAAACAGUUUAUUGAUGGCCGCUUGGAUCUUCUCAAUUCUGGAGAAGGCUUCAGUGAUGUCUUUGAAGAAGAGAUAAAUAUGGGAGAGUAUGCUGGGAGUGAUAAACUAUAUCACCAGUGGCUCUCUACCGUGAGGAAAGGAAGUGGAGCAAUUUUGAAUACUGUCAAAACCAAGGCUAACCCUGCUAUGAAGACUGUCUAUAAGUUUGCAAAAGAUCAUGCAAAACUGGGAAUAAAAGAGGUGAAAAACCGCUUGAAGCAAAAGGAUAUUGCUGAAAAUGGCUGUAGCCCAGCCACAGAAGAUCCUUUACCAAAGGCUGCUCCUUCACCAUUGGCUGAAACAAAGGAUUCCAAAUUCCGAGAAGACAGGAGGCCCAUCACCGUGCACUUUGGGCAGCCUCAAAGACCUUGUCCUCCUCGGCCUCCUCCUCCAAAGAUACACCGCUGGGCACAGCCCGUCCGCCCCCCAAGACCUCAAGUUGUCAAGCGACCAAAGAGUAAUGUCACCAUGGAAGGACGAAGAACUUCGGUGUCAAGCCCUGACCACCUGGUAAAGCCCUUGCGACACUAUACGGUCUUUCUCUCUGAAGACUCCUCUGAUGAUGAUCAGCGGGAAGAGGACCCUUUCUCUGGCUAUUCUGACAACUUCUUCUUCUGUACUCCCUUUGAAUGGCCUCUGCCAUACCGGGUCCUGAGAGAGUCAGACAGUGCAGACGGAGAAGAGGCAGGGAGCCCAGAAAAGCGGGCAAAAGAAACCCUAGGUCCUCCACCACCACCACCUGACAGAAUUGCAGAUAUCAACCUCCUGGAGGACAUCUUCAGCAGUUUGGAGGUAGAGCAGCUGCCUCAGCCCCUGAGCCAAGCUAAGAGCUUAGAAGACCUCAGACCAUCUAAGAAUCAGGGGGACCAGCCUUGCACUUUCGAUUACCAGAGAAUGGACCUGUGCUCAAGUGAAAGAAGCAGAAUAAUGCCUGGGCUGAAGCUCGCUCAUCCUUACAACAAACUGUGGAGCAUGGGCCAGGAUGACAUGGCCAUUCCUACCAAACAUUCUCAGCCUUCCCCAGAAAGGCCCCUGGCAUCUCUAGGGAAUACUCCCUCUCUGCCUCGGAGACCCCGAAGCCGGGAUAGCAUCUUGACCCAUGGAGAGAAAGAGGAAACCCCCACUCCUACACAGGGCAACAUCACCAUCCCCAGACCUCAGGGAAGGAAGACACCAGAGCUGGGCAUUGUACCCCCACCACCUACAGCCCGGCCUGCAAAGCUUCAACCCUUUAUCACCACUGAGCCUGGGAAGACCCCAGGCCUUGGGCCCUCUGACUCCACCUCUGAACGGAUACCAGAGGCAUUUGGGAAUUCAGCCCUCUCUAGGGAUGUGGAAAGUCGACCACCUCUCGGUUAUCUGCCACCCCCACCAAGGCUUCUCCCUACGCCUAGUAGUGCCACUGAUAUUCUCAAGCCAGUCCGUGUGGUCACAGACCCUGCAGGCUGUGAGAGUGAUUACCUGUUGACUCUCCUUGACCCUCUAAAGACCGGCUGGCCAGACAGGGCUGCCCCUGGCUCUGUAGCUCCCAAUACAAGUGGCUUUCCCUGUGGUGUGGGCGACUUUACCCCUGCAUCCACUCCAUUUGGGCCCAAGCUGGGCUUCCCUUCAGCUUCAGCCACCACCCCAUUCCUCCAACCACCACUCAACCCCUUCACCCAACAUGUGCCAACAGCUCUGCCAGUGUCUAUGACCCAGUGUGUUGGGGGACCCUUUGCUCCCUCUCCAGCCUCCCUGGGCCCGGCUUUUACUCCCAGCUUUAUGGCAUCUAGCCCUGGCUUUUAUACCCCACAGAGACCUCAGCCCAGCCUCUCAGCUCUCUCCAUGCCUAAUCUGUUUGGCCAGGCUCCCCCAGGGCCACAUGUCAGCUCCUGCCCACCACCAGGCCAUGGCCCCACCCAAGGUGGCCCAAGCCAAUCCAGCCACUUGGGUGGCCCUUCUAAAAUCCGAACGUUGCCCCUAGUGCGUUCCAGCUCAAGGCCAGCUGAGGCCAAGCAGGGGUUGAUCCUGAGACCUGGAGACCCUCCGGUGGUUCCCCCCAGGCCCUUCAAUAGCCUAGAGCCAGUAUUACAGUCUUCGGGCCCCAGAGAAACCAGGGAUCCAUUUGAGGAUUUGUUACAGAAGACUAAGCAGGAGAUUGCGCCCACUCAAGGAAAAGUGGAGCAGCUUCGGAAGCGUUGGGAAACUUUUGAGUAAGAUCCAAAGAAGAAUUUGAGGUUGGUAGAGAGGGGUGUGUAUUUUUGGAAGGUGUUUGGGGUUUGUCUAAAUCCAACAGUUUUGAAGCAUUAAAGGAUGAAGGCUAUUGUAAAGAAAUAAUAUCCUCCACUCCCUCUUCUCCCUGUCUCCUCUUCCCUAGCCAUGACUUCCAAGCAGUUUCUACUGAUGGAAAUGAAUUUUGACUCAAUGAAACCCCACUUUGUCCAGCUCUUCCUAAGGUUUUUGCCACUGCCAUCAGAAGUGAGACUUGGCCUGCAUUUUGGCCCUAUCCUUCCUGUGGGUUUCUGCACUGACCCCUUGAUGAUUAGUUUCUCCCUUCUGAUACCACCCCCACCAGCAAGGGAGCCAAUUUCUUUUCUCCUAGCCCCUUAACCUGGUCAGGUCCCCCUGUACUCAACAGUUGUGGACUGGUAAGGAUGUCAGUAUUACCCAUGGCCUUACUCAAGACAAUUAAACCCAAGUUGGGUGUCAGAAGAGGCUCUCCCUACUCUCCCCACCCUAACUCCUCAUCUCAAGAUUUAAGUUCUAUUGUUCUUAGACAAUCUUCAUCUUAGACAUUCUUCAAAGCCUACCUAGAAGUAGAGACCCAAUCAUCUAACUAUACUCACUUUCAUAGGGAGUGUUGGAUUUUUUGGUUUUUUUUGUCAUUUAAGAUGCUAGGGAUCAUUGAUCCUUGAAGUUCCUAUUUCAGGAAAACAUAGCACAGAGCCAGCCCUGGACACCAGCAACUUUGAUUUUUAGAAGAUUUUAAAAAAGACAUCAGAAGGAGUCAUUAAGAGGAGCCCUUAUAAUAUACCCUUGCUCUUGUAGCUCUAUGUUAACACGAUAUAUAAGUGUCCUAAAUGGCCGUAUCUGAACUGGAUAUCAUAGUAGCUUAUUUUAUUAUCAAAGUCAGGGCCCACAUAGCCUAUCUAUCCUGGGAGGUAGCCCUGUUCAACCUAGGUGGAAAAAGACUGGGAGCCAAAACUCAGACUGAGUUUUGUCUCAUGAAAGCAUCCAGCUCCACGUCAUAGCCUUUGGGUUAAUGCUGUUGAUUUUCCCUUAUGUAGGACAGCAUUAGGACCCACCUGAGGUCUUCCCUUCACACAUACCCGGGCUUUCAGAGAGAGCCGGUUGGGGGGAAAGAGAUCUUGCAGGGGGUAGGGAGGAGAAAAUCAUUUUGCCCGCAUUAGAUGUUCUUUGGCUACUUCAUGGUGACAGAAGGGGAAAGUUAGCCCUCCCUCCCCUCCCCUCCACUCCCCUCCAGCUAGAAUCUGAUGAAAUCAAGGGUUGGCUCUCAGAAGAGCCUCAAAUCUGUGCCUCUUCUCUCCAGGAGCAGGGCCAGUGCUCAUUUUGCCCACACCUGAGUUAAGUUGAAAAUGAUAGUUUUGGUGUUUUUAAUCUGUAAUUUUCCCUCCUUUAUUUUAUCCAAUUCAUUGUGUCUUGGAUGGGGGCAAGCCUUGAUGGUUGAACUGAAACUUGUUCAGGCUGUCUAGGUUUAAAAAAAAAACAACCACCUUUGAGGACAAAGGAAAUUGUUCACAUUUCGACCUGGUCUUUCAUUUCCUGAUUUUGGAUGAGCUGGCUCAUCCGUGAAGCCUACUGCUGUAGCAACCGAGUGCCCUGGAUUCUGAGCCCCACCCAAGCAAUCCUAUCUGUAAUCAUGAAGAUGUCCACAGCUCAGGGAGAGCCGUGUGGGCCUCAUUGACGAUCUUGACUUCUGGGAAUGCUUGCUCCUUUGGCAAACCAGACAGUCACUUUUGGAUUCAGGGACUAGGAGUAGUCUCUAAGAGCUUUGUCCUCAACCAUGAAGCAUGUGUGAUUCAGAAGGGGAAGUCGCUUCAUCAACUGGAGUUGGAUGAAGAACUCGAAUCUUUGAAUUUGUUCCUUAAACCAGGCCAGACUGGACUGCUCAGCCCAACACUGGAAUGAAUAGAAGGUCAAUCACAAUGACCCCCAAAGCAAUGCAUGCUUAGAUUUCCAUGGUUUCAUUCUCCCCUUAGUGGCAUGUGCCAAGGAUCAGUGCCAUGCCAGGGGAUAUAUCAGUGAUGCCCAGGCACGCACAACACUCCUCCCCAUCCUAGAAAGGCAUCUUUCCACUCUCCUCUUUUAUGUCUAGCACUGGGAGCCCUUCAGACUGAGGCUGGGUCAGAAGGGCACACACGAACAGGACACUGAAGAAGCCAAGACCAUUGUAAGGACAGGUGGCUCGUGUUUCAUCUUGUGAACAACACUUGCGGAAAUUGGGUGGAAAUAGUAGUCAAUGUAUUGUCCACAUACGAGCACUGUAUGUCCCUUUCUUCACUUACUGGAUUGAAUUUGCAAACCUGGGAAUUAAUUUUCUGUGACAGCUCAAUAAAAUCCUCUAGGGCAGAA